UGUUGAUGGAUUAACCACGAGGGAUUGUGACUGUUAAAUACUAAUAAUUUAUAUUUGUAAAGUAAACAGUAUAAUUUAAAGAAAAUUGUAAAUAUAUAUUAUAUAUAUUAUUUAGUUAUAAUUAUACAAAAUGAAAGUAAAGACAAAGAAAGGAAUAAAACAUUCAAAUAUAUCUGUUAAAAAAAGGAAAAAAUCUGAGAGUAAAGUUUCUAAGGACAAAUAUUUUAAACAAGAUUUUGAAGACGAUGAUAGUAAGGAGGAUAAACAUUGGCAGAAUGAAAAAACAGGCAAUAAAAAGAUACAAAAAAUCGAUGAUAUUGAAAGCAGCGAUAGCGAUAUGGAUCCAGAAGAACACAAGAAAUCAUUAAUGAAAUUAAAGGAAACGGAUUUAGAAUUUUAUUCUUAUUUAAAAGAAAAUGAUAAAAAUCUAUUAGAUUUCAAUUUAUCCGAUACAGAUUACGAUAGUUAUAAUGAAUUUGAUGCCGAUGAAUCUGAAUUAUAUCAUAAACCUAAUGAUAAAUUAGAGGUUGCUAGCGAUGAAAGUGAUUUUGAACCUGAAGAUAUUAAUGAUAUAUCAUCUGGUGGCCAAAUAAAAGUUACCCUACAAUUAUUAAAAGUUUGGCAGAAUGAUAUUCAAAAUGACAAAACAUCCAAAUCUAUUAAAAUUGCGGUCGAAGCUUUCCAUGCUGCGUUGGAAACCAUAUCAGAAACACAAGAAGAAAAUUUUAUAAAAUUUAAAGUAGAAGGAAGCGCAAUAUUUAAUGGAGUCAUUCAAUUAUGUAUAUUGCAUUUACCUAAUGCAUUCAGAAAUUUUUUAAAAUUGGAUACUAAUACACAUUUUGCAGCACAUAAAUGCAAAAGAUUUAUCAAAGUUAAAAAUUCAUUAAAAUUAUAUUUAACUGAUUUACUUACGAUUUUACGUAAUGUUUCAUCAGCUAACAUUCAAACAAUACUUUUAAAACAUUUACAUGAAAUGUUACCAUAUACUCAAUCAUUUUCCUCAUUAAAGAAACCAUUAUUAAAAGUCUUAUUAAAAUUUUGGUCAACUGGUGAAGAAACUGUCAGAGUUGUUGCAUUUUUAUGUAUAUUACGUAUUGCAACUAGUCAUAAAGAAUCUUUACUUGAUACAUUAUUAAAGUCAAUGUACGUCAAGUAUGUAGAAAAUUCCAAAUUCGUAUCGCCGAAUACUUUGCCAGGAAUAAAUUUUAUGAGGCAUUCUUUAACAGAGAUUUAUCUACUAGAUUCUGAUGUUUCUUACAAUCAUGCCUUUUUAUAUAUCAGACAGCUUGCUAUUCAUUUAAGGAAUGCAGUAACUUUGAAGAAAAAAGAAAAUUUUCAAGCAGUAUAUAAUUGGCAAUAUAUAAAUUCAUUAUUCUUCUGGUCUAAGUUAAUAACAUUAUCAAAAAAAGAAUCAAUAUUGCACUCUUUAUUGUAUCCUUUAGUACAGAUUAUUAUUGGAACAAUUAAAGUAAUACCGACUCGGCAAUAUUACCCUUUACGUUUCCACUGUUUACAAAUGUUAACUAACAUUUCUAAGGAAACAAAAACUUUUAUACCUAUUUUACCAUUUCUAUUGGAGAUAUUAUCGUCUUAUGAUUUUAAUAAAAAGCAUAAAGCUGUAUCAAUGAAACCCAUAUCUUUAAUUUGCAUAUUAAGAAUGUCUAAAUCACAAUUACAAGAGAAUGGUUUUAAAGAUAGUGUAAUUGAUACUAUCUACCGUUUAAUAUUAGAAAAUGCAGCAAACGAUAGCCACUUAGUAUGUUUUCCCGAUUUAUAUUUUCCUUGUAUAAUACAAUUGAAAGUAUUUUUGAAAAAUUGUCAUGUCGCAAAUUAUUGUAAGAAAUUAAAGCAAUUGCUAGAGAAAAUAGAAGAAAAUUCAAAAUAUAUAGGAAAUGAAAGAGCCAAGGAAAUAUUCAAUUUGAAAAAUAUGACAGAAAUUGAAAAUUGGGAAAAUAGAAUGAAAAUUCAGGGUACAGCUUUAGCGAAAUUUUAUAAUUCCUGGAUUAAGAUUCAUCAAGCUCAGAAACUAAAACAUUUAACGAAAAAUGAUGAAAUUAGUGAAUAUAAUUUACCAAGUUUAAGGAAAUCAAAAAGGAAAAAGUCAAAUGAAGAAGAUAUAGGUAGCGAAGAAGAAAGUGACUUUGAGUUACAAAUAAAAGGAACAGAAGUAGAGAAAGCAGAGAAUACAUCUGCAAGGAGAUCUAAUAAAAAAUCAAAAAAGAAAAUAAAAACAACAAAUAAGAAAGUACCUGAAGAAGACGACAUACCUACAGAAAAUACAGAUAUUGUUACAGAUAUUAAUAGCGAUGACUGGGAAUAAGUGUAUUAUUUAGAUAAUAAUUUCAAUAACUUUGUCACCUUUAGGAAAAACAAAAAUCUAAAACUAGAAAUACAUUCGAUAUAAGUAUCAGAUAUUAUUUUUUGUAUAUAAAUCAUUUGUAAAUGUUAUCAUUGAUAUUUCAAACUAUGUCGAAUGUAUUUACAGAAUAUAGAUACACAACACGUA